AUGCGAUUGGCUUGGUGUAUACUCUUCUUGCUGGGAUCAACCCUCCCAGCACAGUCAGAACCAACGUGCAACCUCUUAACUAUCAACGUCGACAUCACUGCGCUCAAUAUCCAGCUUCCCUCCAACAUCUCGGGACUGACGUUGGACAUCCUGACCGCACUGCCCAAGGUCCAGAUCCAGGGCACGUAUCAGAUAGCCGCUCGUUAUUGUGAGCCUGAAGUCAAGAACUCCUCGCGGACGAACACGCUACAACUCCUCGUACAUGGAGUGACAUACACGAAGGACUACUGGUCUGGACUCGGCCCACCUGGGCAAGGCUACGAUGGUGAUAAAUACUCUUAUGUAGCGUACGCAUCCAAACAGGGCUACCCAACCCUCGCCAUCGACCGAAUCUGCAAUGGAAACUCCAGCCAUCCCAAUGGGUUAACCGUCAUUCAACUACCAGCCAAUACGGAGGCUCUGUAUCAAGUCAUUCUUCAACUCCAGCCGAGCCCUACAGCGGGCGGACGCAGGUUCAACAAAGUCAUUCCUGUGUGCCACUCGGAGGGAGCCACGGUCUGCGAACUUCUCAUGCAGGUACACCCGGACGCGCCAGUCGCGACGUACGUGAUCCACGGGUUCACAAAUCAAUUCCUCGUGGGAGGAGCAGCAAGUGUUGCGGCGGUGGUGUUUCUGCCUGCUUCGAUUGCGGCUCCUACUCGGUUCCCUGGCCUGGAUCCUACGUACCUAUUGACCACGAGCGCCAGUGGCUCACAGGGCGUCUUCUACUACGGAGACUACGACAAGCAGGUUGCUGCUUAUGACUUCGCCAACACAAACCCCGUACCCGCCGGCGAACUCGCAACUUCCGCGCUCAGUCAGCUCCCAGCGCCUCUAUACAAAGGCUCGCUGCUCCUGCUCAAUGGCCAAAACGAUCAGAUCUUCUGUGCAGUACUACCCACCGAUCCAUUGAUUGGAGGGUUGGGCAAUUGCGGAACUGGUGCGACAUCGACCACGGCGCGGACGCAGGUCUUGUUUCCUGCGGCCAAGUUCUAUUAUAACCAGGUUGCGAACACCGGGCACGAUCUGGACUUGCACCGGACAGCAGCGCAGACUUUCAAGAUCUCGCACGAUUACCUUGCCUCUCAGGGAUUUUGA